ACUUAUGCAGCAAACUACUCCUUUCCACAUCAAACAUGGCUGCCCAAGUUCAAGACCUACUCCUUAUGUUUACUCAAAGGCAUUAAAAAUAUUGGAGGCCCAUAGUAUCACUCCGCCGCUUAACUGUAUAGUCCCAAUUUCCAGUCAUGGAAUCGGAAGUAAAUUCCAUUUAGACAUCUGACAUUCUUUAUAUAAUACAAUUUUAGAAACAACCGUGAGCAACACCAUAACAAGUAAAAAAGGGAAAAAAGUGUGCGUCAAUUAAAAAAGAUCCGGUUCGGAGAGCGGAGUGAUCCGUUGCUGUCCUCGUAGGUGCCGGAGUGGACAUCGGAGAAAGUCUUGUGAAGGGUGUUGUGGGGCUGGCGGAGUCGGUAGCCGCGGUGGAAAAGAGUGUAAACAGUAAUGGCUUCAUUCGUUCAGAUGUAGUUUUGUGGAGUACUUCAGUACUGUACCAGUAAUCCUACGAUGGAUAAUGAGAGGGGAAUUAUACAGCAAGCUACUACUGACGGCAUUCAAGAGGAAACCACUGCAGCAUUGGGUACAGAUGGCUAUGCCCAACCAAACCCACAUGUUCUACCAUCACAAGAAACCAGAAAGGCAACAGAUGUACAGAGACUAGCUUUAAAUUCACAUAUAGAAAAACAAGAAUCAAACCUUAACCUCAAUUCAAAUGAAAUGCAAACACAAUAUGCAGAUGGAAAUGCAAGGUCAGAUGAAGUUGAGGUACAGGAGACAACCAUUAGACCGAGCAUAGAUCACAGGGACACAGAGGGAUCACAUGAACAGACCAAUGAGGAAAUUGAUAGAUCAGGAACAUCUGAUAAUAAUAUAGGCGCAUCUGAGAUUGAUAUGCAACAAAUCCCAAAAAUCAUAGUUCCACAAGACAUUGUGUCAGAGCCAUCAGAACCAAGCACAAGCAACGUAGACGUGCAAGAGAUUUGUAUAAAGCAUAAUCCAGAUAACGUGGAUAUUCAGCAGCCUGCAGCGAGUCCCAGUAGAAUCAGCAUUCCAGAUCCUCCUGAGAACCAGAGCGUGGACUCCUCAGCCACAGUGGUGCCAGAUGUUUCCACGGGUCACGAUUACACUACCAGUAAUCCUACGAUGGAUAAUAAGAGGGGAAUUAUACAGCAAGCUACUACUGAUGGCAUUCAAGAGGAAACCACUGCAGCAUUGGGUACAGAUGGCUAUGCCCAACCAAACCCACAUGUUCUACCAUCACAAGAAACCAGAAAGGCAACAGAUGUACAGAGACUAGCUUUAAAUUCACAUAUAGAAAAACAAGAAUCAAACCUUAACCUCAAUUCAAAUGAAAUGCAAACACAAUAUGCAGAUGGAAAUGCAAGGUCAGAUGAAGUUGAGGUACAGGAGACAACCAUUAGACCGAGCAUAGAUCACAGGGACACAGAGGGAUCACAUGAACAGACAAAUGAGGAAAUUGAUAGAUCAGGAACAUCUGAUAAUAAUAUAGGCGCAUCUGAGAUUGAUAUGCAACAAAUCCCAAAAAUCAUAGUUCCACAAGACAUUGUGUCAGAGCCAUCAGAACCAAGCACAAGCAACGUAGACGUGCAAGAGAUUUGUAUAAAGCAUAAUCCAGAUAACGUGGAUAUUCAGCAGCCUGCAGCGAGUCCCAGUAGAAUCAGCAUUCCAGAUCCUCCUGAGAACCAGAGCGUGGACUCCUCAGCCACAGUGGUGCCAGAUGUUUCCACGGGUCACGAUUACACUGAGGCAAUAUCAAACGCACAGAUGCUUGCUUGUCAGCCUGACUCCUGCUCUGUACCUGGGGUAUGCAGUAUCUGUCAGUCAUUGCUCACCCAAAAUCCUCGCUCAGUCCUAUUGCCCUCUGAGGUCUCAGUUGCUGCCUAUUCUGCAAACUCUGCUGUGGAUCAGAUAAUACAUGGCUCAAUCAACCCACAGCUUAUUCAGGGCUGCAUUGUUACAAGCACUGAAGGCAGAAAUUCUGAGAUUACCCAAUACCUGAUCCUGCAGGAACCAGAGGGUGCUUCUACUAAUUAUCCCAUGACGGUGGGCUCCAUUGCUGCUGGUGAGAUGCCCCCAUCACGUUCAUCAGGCGUUGCUGAGACAUUGUCUGACUUGGAGGCUCUGGAAGGGAUGAUGGAAGUGGUCGUGGUCCAGCAGUAUAAGUGCAAGAUGUGCCAAUACAAAAGCGUGUCUAAAUCAACCCUCCUCCGCCAUGUGAAAGAGCGACAUAUGAAGACAGUCAGCAAAGAUGAAAAAGAAUCCCGCAAAAUGGUACGACCCCGAGAAGAAGAGGAAGAAGACGAUAUUGUGGAUGCAGGAGCCAUAGAUGAUCCUGAUGGUGACAGUGAUUACAGUCCAGGAGAAGAUGUAACCCGGAAUCACCAGUUUAUUUCAGUUAAUGGCGCUUUAGCAAAAGAAAGGCCACGUAGACGACCAGGACGACCACGCAAAGUUCCACGAAUACAAGGUCCUGAGCUAGAUAGUGGUCCUCCACCAAUGUCAACAACUGACAACCAAGCAGAGAUUAAUAUUAUCCUCUCUGACCUUGAAAACAAGGACCCCUCCUCUUGUCCUCCCCAAGAAGAGCAGAAACCACCAACUCGACCACGUGGACGUCCGCCCAAACACUUCAGAGGUAGAAAGUAUCAUCGAUAUAGAGGUCGGAGGUAUUAUAAACCACAAAGUAAACCAUUGCUCAGACCUUUUAUCUGUCGUGUCUGUGGCUCCCGCUUUCUUACACAACAAGAUUAUACAUUCCACGUGAACUCGCAUGAUGGCAAUGAACCUCAAAUAUUUCGGUGCCAGCAAUGUAACUACCAAUGCAGAAGGUGGUCUUCACUAAAGGAGCACAUGUUUAAACACCAGGGAAGCAAACCACAUAAAUGUGAUCAAUGUGAGUACACAAGUGUGUACAAGAAGGAUGUGAUCAGACACUCUGCAGUGCACCAGCAAGAGCGAAAGAAAAAACCUUUACUGACUGUGAAGUCCACCUCAUAUCCGUGUCCUGUGUGUAACCGUGUAUAUAACAUGCAAAAGCGGCUGACACAGCACAUGAAGACACACAGUAGCGAGAAACCACACAUGUGUGACAAGUGUGGUAAAGCCUUUAAGAAGCGAUACACAUUUAAAAUGCACCUUUUAACUCACCUACAUUGCGUGGACGAGAACAGGUAUAAAUGUGAGUUUUGUGAGUACAUGUGUGAAGACAGAAAGCAGCUUCUGUCUCACCAGCUCACUCACAUGAAUGACAAGCCAUUCGAAUGCAAUCAGUGCAAGUAUCAUACAUUCCGCCAAGAUUUCCUACUUUCUCACCAGGCAACCAAACAUGCAGGUGGAAAGCCCUUUGCCUGUGAUUAUUGCCACUUUUCUACCAAGCACAAGAAGAACCUACGCCUGCAUGUUCAGUGUAAACAUGCACACCUUUACCAAGAAUGGUUUCAGCGCCACCCUGAGGAAACACCUUGUCGCCGCCGCCCCUUUUUCUCUCUUCAGCAGAUUGAGGAGCUGAAACAGCUGCAUGAGCAUUCAGAGGCCCAGGGUCCAUCAGAACAAGGAGAGAACCCACCCAGAGAGCUUACAUAUCACAUGCUUCACCAACCCUCCCAGGAGGAAGGACAGGCACAGAAUACAAUGGAAGCUGCUACUAUAAUAUAUGAACAAGGUGGAGAAGGUGACGAACUCGCAACACAGGCUGCUCUUGAUCUGCUUUUGAAUAUGAGUAACCAAAGAGAUGGCUCUGGAGGUGCAUUGCAAGUGGCUGUGGUAAAAUCUGCGCCCUGUAUGGACAGCCACAUGUCAGAAGUUACAUCUCAGGAGCCACAUAUGGCUCAGGUUCUAACAUUACAUAUGGAUGAGAGACAAGUGACAGAUGUGCAAGAAGUUGGUUAUGAGGAGACUGGCAUUCCAGACACUGGCUAUGAUGGAACGGUGCAACAGAUUACUAUAAAUGCAGCGUACAGCACUGCAGAGUACAACCUUAUUAAUGCUGAGCGCAUGCAGACACAGCUAUGCAGUGAUAAUGAGGCAUCUCCUAGAUUUUCCCAGACACUCCUGGCAGAGAAUGGAAAAGACAAGAAUGCUCUUCAGAUCCUAAACAAGCCACAGCAACCACAAAAUGCUCCAAAUCCACCUCAGCCGCCAUCUGCAACAAAAAAGUUUUCCUGUAAAAUUUGCAAUUCUGCAUUCUGGGGUCGAGCAGAAAUGGAGAGUCAUAAAAGAUCUCAUGUUGAAGGCGGUAGUGGAUUUAAAUGCCCAGAUUGUGAGUUUGGUGCUGAAACAUGGCCCGAGAUCAGGGAUCACAUGUCUCUGCACUCUGACCUCCGGCCUCACCGCUGCACGCAGUGUAGUUUUGCUUCUAGGAAUAAGAAAGACCUAAGUAGACAUGCAAUGACACACACCAACCACAGGCCACAUUCCUGUCAUUUGUGUGGACAGAGAUUUAAUAGAAAAGGUCAUUUAAAGUUCCACAUCCAGCGGUUACACACUGGGGCGAAUAUGGAGCAGCCUGAGCAGGCACAACAUACAUCUGCGCCGACCAUGGAUGAAGGGCACAUCUACCUUACUCAGGAGGGACCAGUGGGCGACCAGGAAAAUACAGCUUAUAUUCAGGAAAUCACAACAGCUGAUGGACAGACCCUGCAGCAGCUGGUUACGGCAGAUAACCAGGUACGAUACAUUAUUUCUCAGGAAGGAGUCCCUCAUCUGAUCCCACAGGAGUAUGUUGUGCUCCCAGAUGGCCAUCAUUUUCAGGUUCAGGAUGGGCAGAUUACUCACAUUCAGUAUGAACCAGGAGGACCAUUUAUUCCAGACCCUCAGAUUCACUUUGUGCCCAUGUCACCCACUCAGCAACUUCUCACACAGGAACAGCUUGAGGCUGCUGCACACUCUGCUGUUACAGCUGUGGCAGAUGCAGCAAUGGCUCAGACUGUGUAUACCACGGAGACAGAGUCAGCUCUACAGCAGGAAAUACAGUAUGAUGUCAUCACUCUGGCGGAAUGAUGGGUCUGGGAGAUGAGUGAUUAUGGUUGACUUUGUUCCCUCUGAUGUCAUCAGACUGUGCUGCCAUUUGUAGCACUUGUGUUCAUUGUUGUGCAACGAUUACAAAACUUGGCUUCCAGACAAGGAGAGGACUUGACGUGCUAAUGGAUGAGAACAUUCGCCAUGCUGAAGUGAAUAUGGAUGUUACAGAAUAGGUUUUGCUAUUCCAUAUAAUGUUUUUAGCUCUCUUGAGUUUGAAAGCGGUUGUUCGAUUUGCUCUGUGUCUCAACAGGGGAGAGUUGCUGGGGAAACUGCUUGCAAUGACUCCACUGCACUAUGUUCUUUCAUGGCCCGGCUAAUGAUUGAUCUUUCUAAUGCAAGCAAAUGUUUCGUCUUCUUUUGUUUAAAACAAAAUGGAUACAGAUCUGGUGAUGCAUAAUCAUAUUCAAUAAUAGAAAUCAAUAUUAAACAUUGCAACACUGCUCUUUCCCCUCUUAUGGUGCAAGAACUGGUGUCUGAUCUGUGA